AUGAGACUCCCGACUCUAAAACUUCGAACUGUGCCCAGGAAUAACACUCCAAUCAGACGCCAGAUGAGGUCUGCGGACGAUGGCUCGCAGCCAGCUAUACGCCCUGCGGGAUUCAUACAGAGCCUCAAUUCCAUCUCCCAGCGACGGGUGCUGGCUCGAGGCAUCGAACCGGCCAUACGAGAACCGGGACUCUCGAGUGAACGUGCUAGAGACCGACUGUGCAGAGAGCGAAUGCGACGACUGACCUGCGUCCCGGGUGGAGAGUUCAAAAUGCCCAUCCUUCAGCGCUGGUUGGAUGGUGUCGCGCGACUGAGGGACGACAUCGAUGUCGUCGGUGCUGCUGCCGCGGAAAAAGUCUCCGGGGCUGAAAACCGGGUUGUCGCGAGCUUGUUGGCAAUCGUCUUGCCCACUUUGGCAACGGUCUUGCCCACCACCGUCUUGCCCGCUUGA